GAACACCAGAAUUCCACCAGAAUCAACGGCAAAAUGGGUGAGGAAAUUAGAUACAAGCAAGUGAUACUCAGCAACUAUGUCAAAACAUCUGUGAAAGAAUCCGAUUUGUCGCUGAGAACUUCCAAAAUUCAGCUCAAAAUUCCCUGCGGUUGCGACGGCGCCGUUUUGGUGAAGAAUCUCUACUUAUCCAUCGAUCCUUUUAUUCUUGCCCUCAUGAAGAAUCAGGAGCUCGAUUUACCUUCUUUCACACUGGAUUCUGUAAGUUUAGUUUUUUUAAGUGAAAUUUUUCUUGUUGAAAUUAAUUUUUCUUCUGGUUGGAAUAGAAUUUGUUAUACAUGUCUUGAUUAAAAUUGGGGCCCUUAAUUUUUUAUUUUAUUAAAAAAAUAGACUUAUAAUACAAUAUUGUGUAGAUGAUCUCAUUGGAAUAUAACAGUAGUAUUUUUUUUCGUUUGAUGAAUAGUUUGAGAUUUCGGGGAGAAAAUUAUAAACUGUAUCUUUCUAUUGAUAAAAUGUUUGUUAUGUCUUUUUGAUGUUUCUGCAGAGGUCUUGUUUGAUGAAUAGUUUGAGAUUUUGGGGAAAGAAAUAAAAAAUGUUAUCUUUCCAUUGAUGCAAUGUUGGUUGCAUCUUUUUUUGUGUUUGUUGACCUUUUUCUGGUGACAACCUAUUUAUGGAUUUGGAGUGUCGAAAGUACUGGAUUCGUCUCAUCUAAAUUUCAAGACGGGCGAGCUAGUUUGGGGGUUUACUGGCUGGGAGGAGUAUAGCCUUAUUAAAGAUCCAGACCAAUUGUUUAAGAUUCAAGAUAAAGAUUUGCCCCUCUCUUAUUUUAUAGGGAUUCUUGAAGUUAUGUAUGCAGUUAAACUGUUAACGAAAACGAGCUGUUGAUGAACUAUAUCUGCUUGAAUUAAUAGAUUGGGAAAUGCAGGAUUUGUAGCGUUUAUCUUGAUAGUUUCUGAAAAACAACAGUAGGAGAUGUACUAACUUGAGACUGAAAAUCAACGUGUUUCGCGUUAUCAUUUUAGGCAUGCCUGGCAUGACAGCUUAUGUUGGUUUUUUCAAGUUUUGCUCUCCCAAAAAGGGGGAAACUGUGUAUGUCUCUGCUGCAUCCGGAGCUGUUGGUCAGCUCGUUGGUCAGUUUGCAAAGAUCGCAGGGUGUUACGUUGUUGGGAGUGCGGGGAACAAAGAAAAGGUCGAUCUCUUGAAGAACAAAUUCAGGUUUGACGAAGCAUUCAACUACAAAGAAGAGCAAGACUAUAAUGCAGCGUUGAAGAGGUACUUCCCCGAUGGCAUCGACAUCUACUUUGACAACGUGGGAGGGAAGAUGCUCGAAGCGGUGCUAAACAGCAUGAGACUCAACGGCCGUGUUGCGCUUUGUGGGAUGAUCUCCCAAUACAACAGCCUUGAGCAGCCCGAAGGCGUCCACAACUUGAUUAACGCAUUAGUAAAACGGGUCCGUAUGGAAGGAUUUUUCACUAGCGACCACUACCAUCUCUACCCCAAGUUCCUGGAGAUGGUUGUGCCUCUAAUCAAGGAAGAGAAGAUCACAUACGUCGAAGACAUAGCCGAAGGCAUUGAAAGCGCGCCUGGGGCUCUCUUUGGCUUAUACUCCGGUCGCAACGUAGGGAAGCUGUUGGUGGUGGUUGCUCGUGAGUAAUUCUGUUUUUACCAUCGGAAACAAGGAAGGACUUAAAUAAGGUUAUAAUCAUGAAUUAUAAAUAUAUGAUCAUGAAUUUGAUGUAUUGUUAUUAAUUUAAACAGGUAGCACCUCCAAUCCUCCAUUUCUUAUUUAUCUCUUCCCUUCACUA